GUCAGCCAGUGUCUGCUUAAUCCCGAACCAACCUCCACAAAUUUUGGGUGCGCACCCGGCACAACUUCUAGAUCCACCCCUUAUUUUCCAUGGCUCACACGAUUAGGUUUUUCUUUUCUUCGGCGCGCGAGAUCGGUCUCAGUUUACGCCUCACGCCGUAGGACUUGCAAGCAAGCGUGCAGAUUCAGUUUUCCUCCAAAAAAUGGGGGUUGGGCAGGGUUCGUGUGCCACUGGAUGCGCUCUUUCUCGCGGCAGUGCUUCUGGAGGUGUAGGGCACAUUCUCAUCCGUCUUGGAGUUAUCUGAUGUUCUUAUCAGUCAGAAUAAAGUAAUUUUAUCUGCCCUUAGAGCUGCUCAGUUAUGGAGGACAUCCAGGUUUUAGUUCAGGCUGAAGACAGCCAAGCUUUAGUUCAGGCGGAAGACAGGCAGGCUUUAGUUCAGGUGGAAGACAGUCAGGCUUUAGGCCAGGCGGAGGACAAUCAGAUUUUAGUUCAGGCAGAGGACAAUCAGGUUUUAGUUGAGGCGGAAGAUGGCCAGGUUCUAGUUGAGGAGGAUGAAGACCAGAGUUUAGUCGAGCCAGAGAAGGACCUUGUACCACGUGAUCAAUUCCUUUUCAUUGGCCAAGAGUUUACCAAUGUUGACACUUGCCGGAGGGCAAUCAAGGAUAUGGCCGUUGCUUUGCAUUUCCAGCUGCGCGUCGUGAAAUCGGACCGUAGCCGGUUCAUUGCCAAAUGCAACACAGAAGGAUGCCCGUGGCGUGUGCAUGUGGCCAAGUGCCAUGGUGUUCCAACUUUCACGGUCCGGACGUUGCAAGGAGAGCACACAUGUGAGGGUGUUCAGGACCUACAUCAUCAGCAGGCCACUGUUAACUGGGUGGCUAGGUCUGUUGAGGCAAGGCUGAGAGAUAAUCCGCAGAUUAAGCCAAAAGAGAUAUUGCAGGAUAUUCGGGACCAGCAUGGGGUUGCUGUGUCUUAUAUGCAGGCAUGGCGCGGAAAGGAGAGAAGCAUGGCUGCUGUUCAUGGUACCCUUGAGGAUGGAUAUCGCCUUCUUCCUGCAUACUGUGAGCAGAUCGGAAAGACAAAUCCUGGUAGCGUUGCAGUGUACAAAGGGGCUGGGCCAGAUAAUUCCUUCCAACGGUUCUUUGUUUCAUUUCAGGCAUCUAUUUAUGGUUUCUUAAAUGCGUGUAGACCCCUUUUGGAAAUCGACAAGGCUGAUCUAAAGGGUAAGUAUCUUGGGACAUUGCUAUGUGCUUCAGCUGUUGAUGCUGAUCACAUGAUUUUCCCUGUAGCAUUUGGUGUUGUUGAUUCCGAAAGUGAUGAGAACUGGAUGUGGUUUAUCUCAGAACUGAGGAAGAUGCUUGGUGUUAACACAGAUAAGAUGCCUGUCUUAACAAUCAUCUCUGAGAGACAACCACAGGUGGUUGAAGCUGUUGAGGUCAACUUCCCCACCGCUUUUCAUGGAUUUUGCUUGAGAUACCUGAGUGAGAAUUUCCGCGAGGAGUUCAAGAGUCCUAAACUUCUGAACCUUUUCUGGAGUGCCGUCUAUGCUCUCACAACAGCAGAAUUUGAUUCAAAGGUAAAAGAUAUGAUGCAAGUUCAAGAUGUCAUGCCAUGGUUCCAGAAUUUUCCACCAAACCUCUGGGCUGUUGCUUACUUUGAGGGUAUCAGAUAUGGCCAUUUUAGUCUUGGGAUAACUGAGAUAUUAUAUAACUGGGCCCUGGAGUGUCACGAGCUUCCCAUUGUGCAAACUGUUGAAUACAUCAGGCACCAACUAACCUACUGGUUUACUGAACGUCAUAACUUGGCACUAUCCCACAACUCAGUUCUUGUUCCAUCCGCUGAGAAACUUAUUUCUGAAUCCGUUUCUGAUUCAGGAUGUUAUCAAGUACUCCGAGCAAACAAGGUGGAGUUUGAGAUUGUAUCAUCUGAGCGAACAAACAUUGUGGAUACCCAAACCAGGUUCUGCUCGUGCCGUCGGUGGCAAAUUUAUGGCAUUCCAUGCGCACAUGCUGCUGCUGCGCUACUUUCAUGUGGUGAAGAUCCUCGCCUGUAUGCACACGACUGCUUCAGUGUAAUGAAGUAUAGGGAAACUUACUCUCAGCAGAUCUAUCCAAUUCCAGACAGGAUCCACUGGAGCAAUUCGUCCUCUGGGCCAAGAGGCCUAUACAAAUCAGAUAUGAUACUUCGUCCACCAAAGAUCCGAAGGCCUCCUGGCCGUCCCAAAAUGAAGAUUCUGAAGAUGGAAAGCUUAAAACGGCCGAAACGGAUUGUUCAGUGUGGCCGGUGUCAUCUUCUUGGGCAUUCUCAGAAAAAGUGUUCAUUACGAAUCUGACAUAGACAUUUCUCUCCAUCUCCCUUCUUUCUUGUCUGUCCAAUAGUAUUAGUUUUCAGCAGUUCCCUUGUUGGCAUCUGGCAAGGUAGGCAAAUUUCUUUCUGUUUCUUCAGAUUAGAGAGUAUUAUCAUGUAUCCGGCGAUGACCAUAGGUCUUUUUUUCUGCACAUAUUUUCAUGUAACACGACACAAGCUAUCCCCCCGUGACAGCUUCUCGUUAGUUACUUGUUAUUCAAGUAGAUAGAAGAAAUUGUGCUGGUUAAUUGUUGGUGUUGAGAUGUUGUAAGCGAGAACUGACUUCUUAGAACCAUGAACUGACUGCUAGCGUUAGUGCAUAUGUAUGGAUUUAUGCUCAGAAAA